CAAAAAAAAACCCCAGGAAAGCAUGAUCCAAUUUGCUCUUGCUGGAAAACAAAUUCCUUCCUGAUCCCCCGAGAGGCAAUUGGAUAUUCCCUGGAUCAGCUUUACCUAUAAAUCAUCCCCUGAACCAGGGGUGGACUGACAACUCAUGGGGCCCCCGGGCAAUAGGGGAUCAUGGGGCCCCUGUGUCCUUGCCCAAAACUCAAAAAAGCCUAUGAAAAAGGUACCAGGGGCAUCUCAUGGGGCCCCCUACUGACCCCGGGCCCGAGUUUCCAUAUGGUCAGUCCGCCCCUGCCCUGAACUCUCCCUAAUGUUU